AUGUCUGCAAACGACCUCAAGGCAAAAGGCAACGAGGCGUUCAAGGCAAAGCAGUACAAGCAGGCGAUUGAUUGGUACACCAAGGCCAUCGAAAUCGACCCCAGCAGCGAAGCUUCUGGUGCUUUGUACUCCAACCGCUCGGCGAGCUGGCAGAGCCUCUCCAAUUACGCAAAGGCCGCUGAAGAUGCGGACUCGUGCAUCCGGGUCCGCCCUGACUGGCUGAAAGGCUACUUCCGCAAAGGUGUUGCGAUGCAGAGCAUGAACAAGUUGGACGAGGCGCUGAAUGCGUUCAAGGAAGCGCUGCGUGUGGAACCCAAUAAUGAGGAGGUGAUGGAGAAGCUCCAGGCCAUCAACGCUGCACUGAAGGAACGAAACGAGAAGGCAACGCCUGCGGGCUGUAAGACUCCGGAAGAGGCAAAGCAACUCGGUAACUCUCUGUUCAAAGAUGGCCGGUACGAGCAGGCUGCCCUUUUCUACACGCGCGCCAUUGAGCUGCAGAAAGAGCCGACAAAGGAAACGACGUUCUACGCGAACCGCGCCGCCUGCUACCAGCAGACCCACCUCUACCAGCAGAUGGUCGAGGACUGCACGGCCGCUAUCGGCAUCGACUCGCAGAACGUGAAGGCCUACAUUCGGAGGGGCAUCGCCUAUGAAGGGAUGGAGAAGUGGAAGCUUGCCCUGGACGACUACAAUGCCGCCAAAGCUAUUGCCCCGAGUCUGUCCAACGUUUCCCAGGGUGUGCUACGGUGCCAGCGCGCGCUUCGCGGGUGA